GAAAACGAUGUCGUGUGAGCCCACGAAACAAAAACAUUUCCUAGCACUUUGGAACCCUCUCCCAACAUAAAUAUAUUCCAAACUACCCCCAUUCCAAACUGAACCCUACAUCCCCAAUCAAGGUCAAACCCGACAUUUCACUAAAUCCCCAGCAACGAAUAGCAAGCCUUUUGAAUUUUUUGCGGAGAGAAGUGGAGGCGAAGAUAAUAACUUGGGGAACAGGUUUUUUGCGAGUUCCAGAAGAUCACAGAAGCAGAUUUAUAUUUUCUUUUUCUUUUUCUAUAUAAAUAGAAACAGAAAAUUUAAAGUAAAUGACAAAGAAAUCCCCGUUUUAUGUCUUCACUUCGCGCGCUCUAAUCUGAUCUCUCCUAUUCCUUCUCGUCGCGCCACCGAAUCCUCCGCCGCUUGCGCCUAGGGUUUCUUCUUGAAGGAUUAUAUUUUUCUUAGCAUCCUAGUAGAGCCAUGCCGACUUUUACUGCUAUAGCUUUGGAUAGGCUAAUACAACCUGGAGCUUCGAAAUCUGUUGACAAAUCUGGUCCUAAUAUGAAACCACCGAUUCCCAAGCCAAAGCUUAUACCCAAUUCAAAGCUGGAGAGGAUGAAUAAUACAUCAGUAACUGAAAGGAAGAUCAAUCAUCCCCAAAUAGCGUCACCUGCCCUCUAUGCUACUCCUGAGGCAACUCCACUACCUGAUUCACCAUCUUCUUUUCCCCCUUCACCUUACAUCAUCAAUCACAAGCGUCGUGGGCCUCGCCUUCUGAAGAGCUUUUCUGAAAACAAUGUAUCAUCUCAGAAGAAAACCAUUGAAGAAAGUGAGGUUAAUGGGAAGGCGAAGCUGACAGAAACUAAGUCUGUUGAUCUAUCUAAGGAUGGUUCUUUUAAUUUUAGCAUUCAUGAACCUGAUGAAGAGGAGCAUGGGAAUGGUGUCAAUAAUGGUCCUAUUAAAGUAGAACAGGCAAAUGGUGUCCAUUCUGGCUCCAUUCAAGAUGAACGCAGGAAUGGUGUCCAUGAUGUUGAAUUUGGGAGCAGUAAUGAGAAAGUUGGAAAGAGCCAAAUGAAUAAUGGUAUGCCCAGUGAUAUUGCCGAGGUAAAGCUUCAUUCGUUGAACUUGGACAGAUAUGAUGAAAGUGAAGAUUUCUUUGAUCCAAAGGAAUCAAUGAGUGCCACAACUAAUACCGAUGGAGAUGAUGAUAUUGGGGCAGAAAGUGCUGCAAGGCUUGCUACAUCAGGGGUAGAGUUUUUUGAUGCUUGGGACGAAUUAUCCUCUGAGAGUGGAUCACAGUCCAUUCAUCGUGACACUGAAGCUGAAGCACGUGAAAUAAGACUCAGCUUACUCAUGGAAAUAGAGAAGAGGAAGCAGGCAGAAGAAGCUCUAAAUAAGAUGCUACAUAUGUGGAAAACAAUCAGCCAAGGGUUAGCUGUUGUGGGAUUGUCACUGCCUGCAGAUCCUAUUGAUGUGACAGAUGAUGAGCUGGUGAAUCAAGCUGAAGAAUUGAGGCAGCAAGCAGAUGUUGCACGAUUUGUAUCAUUAACCGUUGGAAGGGGAAUUGCAAGGGCAGAGAUGGAGAUGGAGAUGGAAGCUCAAAUUGACUCAAAAAACUUUGAAAUCGCCCGAUUGUUGGACCGACUACACUACUAUGAGGCUGUUAAUCAGGAAAUGUCUCAGAGGAACCAGGAGGCUGUAGAGAUGGCACGGCGAGAGAGACAAAGGAAGAAAAGAAGGCAGAGAUGGAUAUGGGGUUCAAUUGCCACUGCAAUUACCCUUGGGACAGCAGCCUUGGCUUGGUCUUACCUUCCAACAGGUAAAGGAUCAUCUUCGAGUAAUGUUCCUCAGGCCUCUAAUCCUGAUGAUGCAGCUAAGUGAUUACUAUUCAAUCACUGGAGCUACGAGAAUAUGUUAUCGUUGGAAAGAAAAUAAGAUAUGCUUACAUUCAUUCCUGUGAAUAGCAGUCCAAACUGCCAUGAGUCAUCGGAGGAUGUGCAGUACCAUCAAUAAUAGUUUUUGAGUACUACUAAUUGUUCCGUUCCUUGGCAAUCUGUGAGUCGAUGAAUUUUCAUGUGGUCUUUGUUUAACCCAAUUUUGGCCUAUUGUGUGCGUUACGCACAUAAAACCUUCAUGGAUUUGCUUUUAGGUCUUUAAUCGUUUCAGGCAGAUAUCUUUUCUGUGCAAGACUCUUCAGUGAUAAAAGCACGGCAUGUGUGAAUUUAUUAACCUGUUGAUUGAAUGAAAUUCCGUUUGGGAUGUUCCGGCAAA